UAAGACAUUUCACAAUCUCGCAACAGGGACAAGAAUAAGGACGUCUUAUCUGCAGUCAUACAGUGUGUCUUUGAAUUGUCAUCAUGGCUACCGGCAAAGCUAUUACUGACUUUCUGAAGAACCAUAUUAGAAAUUUGGGGACCUCCGGUAUUGUUCUAAUUGUUUUGGAGAAAAUACUGGAUACUGAAUUUGUUUGUCCUUGUAAACCUCGCUAUAAUGAAGGAGUAUUUUCUCUUUAUUUCAUAAUCUCUUCCAUUGCUUGCUUUGUUGUUACUUUUUAUUUUGUGGACCUGUCCCCAAAGACAGAGGAUGGAAAGAAGGACAACUCCGAGAGUAAUAAAAAAAACAAAUCAGAUGUACCACUCCUGGACAGAGUGGGUAAAGGGAGGGAGGGUGACACCACUUCCUCAUCCUCAAAUGUGGAGGAUGGAAAGACAAUGGAGAAGUCCAAGCGUAAUAAAUUUCUGUACUCUGCUCUCGUAACCUUCAUCUGGCUGUUUCUUUUAUUCAUCGAUGGCCGAUACCUGGCCUGUGCGUGUUCAAAUUGGGAAGGUUCAUACACUAAAAGUGACACUUUGGGAAAUGCAAAAUGGUGCAAGCCGACAGGAAAUGAAACAUCACUGAUUGAGAGUCAGAACAAGACUCUGAAGUGUAUGAGCAUAUCUCAGAUUAUAGGCUUUGGCCUGAUGUCGUUCUUCAUCAUGAUUCUAACACUAAUGUCCGAGUGGAAUCGAUGCCCUGAUUGGCGCCGUAAAUGCAGUGACUUUUGCCGUAAAUAUUGCAGUGACUGUUGCCUUAACUGUUGCCGUAAUUGCCGUGAAUGUUGCAGUGGCAAUUGGAGUAAAUGUUGCUAUAAUUUUUUCAUCGUUGCAGUGAUUUUUCUUGCCAUUUUAUCAUUUGUUGGUGCCAUAGUUCUAGCUGUUACGGUGACCUAUUGAUCUAACAGACAGUGGAUAACAACACAGUAACUCUCAGUUAAAUGGUUUUCACACCAACACACUGCAGAGUAACUGAAGACAUUUUGUCAAAAUGCAUUGAAAUUGUGUCCUUGGUAAUCCUGAGUUUUAACAGUCUUAUAAUUGUGUAGAGAAAGUGAGGGGAAACACUGGCACUGCUGAAUGCGGUGAAUUCCUUUGUUGAUGUGACAGUAAGAGUAAAAUAAAUUGAGGCAUUAACAUCUACACACACAUGAUGAGAACAUAAAUCUUACUAUCGCUCACAGCGUGGAACGACAGAGUCAAUUCUGAGAGAUAGGAUUAACACAAUGAAUUAGAUGCGGAUUACACAUUGUUGUUGGGGGAAGUGUGUGGCCCCGUCAUUGGUAAAGAGUGUUGUACUUUCAUUUCUGACAUGUCUAAUGUCUCCUCUCUCGUUGUGAACAGGAAUUCAUAACAUGCAGUUAGAGGUUAGUUUCAGUUUCUUCACCACACUCAGCAAGUAACAGUGAGCAUUUUAUUAUUUUCCAUUAUUAUUCCUCACUUUAAUCAGAAUC